UUAAACCAUUGAUUUGACCAAGAAAUAGUAAUCAGUUGUAUGAAUUCAGUUUUGUAAUGUUAAUUGGCCCCAGCAUUUCCUGUUGGGCACAGAAAUAAUUUUUUGGUCAUGUUUUGUGGAAACAUCUACAAGGCAUUGUGAAGAUGAACAUUCAGUCAGCCAUCAGCCGUGAGAUCUUUGUCCCAAGAGAUGAAAAGUUACUGGUAGCCAUUGAGGUGAGGAGGAGGAUGAAGAAGAAAGGACUGUCCUUCCUCAAUGCAGGUCGCAAGCGGGACUACUUAACUUACCUCUGCCUGUCAGUUACUAACAGUAGACCAGCUCAAGUCCUCAUCACUAAAGUUAAGAGGUAUCGGGGCACGAGGCCGUUUGCUAAAAGGUCUCAAUGGUCUGUGGAGCAGCUUCGCCAGGUCAAUGGCAUCAACCCUGACAAGGACACUCCUGAGUUCGACCUAGUGUUCGAUCGCACCACUGAUCAAUGGGUGGCCAGCUCAGCUGCAGAGAAAUGCAUGUUUGUGCAGGUUCUCUAUCAUGCUUGUCAAAACUACUGGGAGGCCAAGCUUGCCCAAGCCAACCCAGCGUCCCCCGGAGACCAGAAGAUACCAGGAGCUCCGGAGAACAAGAAGAGCCUUGGUGCUCCAAGCCAAACUAGCUUUGUUAACUGUCAGCAGAAGCUAAUGGGAGAUGCUUGUUCUGUUAAUAUGGUCAUCUAUCGCUGCAAGAUUUUUUUGAACAGAAUGAAGAACAGUAUGACUGCAAACCAGGGUCAGCCUCAGCGUGAAGCAGCAGCUGUUAAAGCAUCCAGGAGCAGGAGCAGGAGCAGCCCGUCUCCUCCGGCGGUGAGGAAGAUGGGGAACGUGAUGCGGAGGGCCAGUCAGGUUCUGAGUGAACGCGGGGAGCGUCUGAUGAGGGCCGACGAUAAAACCAGCCACUUUCUGCACGGGGCCAAGCAGUUUGCAGAGGCUGCUCAGAAGGUGAGCUGAUCAGAGCACCCGUUUAC